GCGAGCUGGUUCGGCGCGUCAACACAAACAGACAAGCAAGCAGUGCGUUCGCUACGCACGUGAGAGCGAACGCCAGCCGCAAUGUUGUCUCGAUUAAAAGCCAAAGUGGGCUCGGUUCUGCUGCCGGGAGACGAGUUCUGCUUGGACACGACAGCCAAGGCCGACACUAUCUCGCUAGCGGGCCCUUCCAAGGCGGACAAGGUGGUUUGCGGGCCCGGGCUGCGGCGCAGUGGCGACCGGCUGUUGGCGUAUAAAAGCGGACUUCUGCGACACAAAGAGCCGAACAUGUUCUGGCUGGACGCCCAGCACAAGAGGUACGUUCCGGCCAAAGGAGAGACGGUCAUCGGCAUCGUGACGGCCAAGUCGGGCGACGUGUUCAAGGUGGACGUCGGCGGAAGCGAGCAGGCGUCUUUGUCUUACUUGGCCUUCGAAGGCGCCACCAAGAGGAACCGACCUAAUGUCCAGGUGGGCGACCUGUUGUUUGCGCAACUGAUAGUCGCCAACAAGGACAUGGAGGCGGAGCUUGUUUGCGUGGACAGUGCAGGACGGGCCAAUGGGAUGGGAGUGUUUGGAGCAGGUGGUUUCCUCUUCAGGGUCUCGCUGGCUCUUGCCAGACGGUUGUUGGCCCCCAACAGCGAUUUGCGGGCAGAGCUGGAGCAGCUGUUCCCGUGCGAGAUGGUGGUGGGGAUGAACGGUCGUCUGUGGGUCAAGUCUUCGAGUGUCCGCCGGACGCUGGUCUUAGCCAACCUGCUGGAGAGUUGCGAGAACAUGACGCCUGCCCAGAGGCGCCAGAUCUUUAGCAGACUGGCCCAGGGGGCAUUCUAGAGGUGGGGAUUCAAAUGGAGGCGCCCACCCGACACACAGUGAGCCAGCCCAUUGACUUUUUCUAGGGACGAGAUGUGUGUGUGUACUGAUUUAGAUCCGUACAAAUGGGGCCUUUUUUUUUUUUUUUUUCUGCACACAAACUAUUUUAAUGUCAUGAUUGAAUUUCUGCUUGGUCAUAGGACUGAUUUAACUGCAUCUUAUUAUUUCAUAUUGUCACUCUUUCAAGUCAUGAACUAAUAAAUAAUGAAUUUUUUGUCUGGAUGACAAGGUGAACAAAAAUGAA